AGAGCGAGAGAGAGAGUGAGAGAGAGAGAGAAAGAAAGCGCGCGCGAGAGAGAGACCUUUGCUCAGGCUCUCAGACCCAUUCGCAGCCAUGGCCGGGAGUUCAGAGAAAGUGCCCAUCGCCUUUGCGGGACCGGAUGACCUGCAACAGUUUAUGCCACCGGCAUACACUGCUGUGGCCGUUAAACCGGCUGCCACCAGCCGCCUGCUGAAGACCGGGAUUGUGGUCCUGAUCGCCGGGGCAAUUCUGCUGCUGUUCGGGGCUAUCGGAGCUUUUAACUUCUGGAACAACAACGACAACCAUGUCUACAACAUCCACUACAGCAUCAGUAUUAAUGGUAAGGUGGAGGAGGGCUCUAUGGAGAUUGAUGCUACCAACAACAUGGAGAGAUUCCGCACUGGCAGCGGAAAUGGCGAGGCAGAGGAGGUCCACGACUUCCAGGUUGGUAUAACUGGUAUCCGUUUCGCUGGAGGAGAGAAGUGCUACAUUAAGACCCAGGUCAAAGCUCACCUGCCUGAUGUGAAAACUCUGAACAAAGACUCACUUCUGUUCGACCUGGAGGAUGAGGUGAUGCCUGCUAAGUUCGAGGAAGACUCACGGAUCUGGGUGGCAGCUGACACGCCCCUCUCUGACCCCGCCUUCCUCAGCUCCAAGAUCCAUGAUUUGUGUGGAGACCUGCCAAUCUUCUGGCUCCGCCCCACCUACCCCAAUGGCGGGCAGAGGAAGAGGAGGGCGGCCCCUCAUCAGCGUCGCCAGGCAACCGGGUCAGAGGAGGAAGUGGACCCGGAAGCAGAAUUUAACCCCGAGAACCCAUAUCACCGUGGCCUGGAUGGCGAUGAGGGCACCAUGACCUUUGACCCCAUGCUGGACCACCAGGGCGUGUGCUGUACGGAGUGCCGGAGGAGCCACACCCACUGCCAGAGGAUCUGUGAGCCCCUGGGCGGGUUCCACCCCUGGCCCUACCACUACCGCGGGUGCAGGGUGGCCUGCAGAGUCAUCAUGCCCUGCCGUUGGUGGGUGGGACGCAUUCUGGGCAUCCUCUAAACACCCCCCAACCAGCCCUGGAGUGGUAGUCCAGAGAGAAGGAGAGGCGGGUAGAGAGAGAAGGGGGAGGUGGAUUUGGGCAAGGGAGAAAGAGAGAGAGAUAGAUGGAGAGAAAAAUCAAACAAGUCAAUCAAGGAUAUUCAGUUUUCCAUCAUAAGAUAUGCUAUGCAUGCUGUAACACAGACUACAAUACCAUAUGACAUACAGUACAUGAGUAUUAUUGCUC